GGCCAUUUUUACGACAAUGAACCUCGGAUUGCCUGCCACAGCCUCCCUCGCUUCUGUGCCUGCGAUAAUACACGGUCGAUCCACGUCCCGCUGAGCACCUCAGUCAACCCGCAGCAUCAACAAGCUGCUACUUGAACAUGCCGGUCAAGUGUCUCGUCGAUCUGGCCACGCAGGCUUGUAUCAAGAAUAUUCGACAUCUCGACGGCGUCGGCGACUACCUUCCAUACGAGAAUGUCCGAACCAUUCUGAUGCGGGUCGAGAAUGGCGCGCAGCUACGGCGCAUCGAGGUCAACUCCCCCCAGAUCCAAGGCUUGACGGGAGAGAUCUGGUUGCGGCUCAUCGAGAAGCACUUUCCACUCGAAUUUCGCAAUAAAGCCUACAAGCCGGCCAACCCCGACAAGUGGCACAAGGUUUACGAGAAAUACAAGAAGGAACAUGACGAAGCACGCGAGGAGAGUGAAAGGCAGCUUGCCAGUUCCCUCGCAGGCUUGAGACAGAACAAGGAGCAAAAGACGAGCAGGAUCGUGGACCAAAAGUCUAUGCGCGGCGCCAUAGGGGAACCCACGAGGAGCAGAAGGACACAAGACAGAAGCGGAUCGUCGCUGAGAUUCGGCAGUGGGAGCCGCACUGGUACGAUGUCCGGUGCAAGUGUGAUGAAAAAGGUCCGCAGGGAGGUCAAGGAGGUCGCGCGAAUCCACGGCAACUUGUCCAGGAACAUUGGCGCGCCGAGGCCUUUGAUGAGGAUGGCAAAGGCACCGCAGGCCUUGAUAGAUGAACGUCGGAGAGCUGCGCUGCCCGGUGUCGGCAGGGUCAGCAGCAACCCGGUGAGGAAACCGGCUGAGAAGCCUGUCAAGUCCUCGGCUGUUGCUGAGUUCGAAGAGCGAGCCACAUUGUUGCCUGACUCGGACGAUGAUGACCAGGACGACACCAAAGAAGAUCUAUUUGACGACUCGCCUCGGAAAGGCCGGGCGACGACAAAGACGGCCCAAAGGUCCACGGCGAAACCUUUGGCUCCAUCCAGCUCAAGAGUUUCUGCACCAGCUAGCGGGUCAUCGCAACGCCAGAAUAACAACAGCAGGGGUGAGGCGCGGCCACAUGGCAGAGGACAGACAGAGCCCGAAGGCAUUCCGGCGCAGCUUAACCAGGGGAGUUCGACAACUGGGGCUUCAAGAUCUGCAGACCUUGCCGGCGAGGUCAUGCCACCGAGACCGAUGAAGAGAAAAGCACCGAAUAGCAUAUUCAUGCAAAGAAAGAGAUAGUAUCCAGGCGGCAUCUGUUCCAUGGCAGAAAACUGCCGAUAUUUGUGUUGUCAGGUAAGAACAGUUGGCAUAUGGCGAGGAUUGCUUGCGUAGCGGAUUUGUUCGAGCUUUGGGGCGUUAAUUUUCAUUACUAUGCAACAUAGACCAACAAGGGCAUUGCAGCAUUUGGGUCACCAACAAAUAAUAUCAGCCUUACAUGUCAAGAAGAGCCUAGUCAUGGUAGAAUCGUGGUUGUUGUUGUAGCCCAUUGGCAUUCAUUUUGGUCAUUAUCAUGGUCCCAACGCCGGCAUCAUGUCGUCCUCUCGAAAUACCUAG